CUCUCUCUCUCUCUGGAGGUGGGGGCAGAGAGCUAUUAGCUGUGCGCUGCAAACAUCAUUAGGAGGGGAGACGCUUUCCACCGUCAGCGCCUGCCGGAGCAGAGCAGGGGAGCCCUGGCAACAAGGAGAGACACAAACUCUGCAGCCCGUUACACCCAACAGGAAUGGUGACAUCACCUGCAGACACACGGACGUGGACAGACGGCGCAGACACCUGGAACGCUUCCCUCCCAUUGGUGGAGAGAUCCAGACUUCACACCAGAAACUGCAGCUCCAGGCGGAUAUCAGCUCUCAACUGAACAGCAGGCUCCACCUACAAGUAGCUCUACCUCCUCUGCUCAGGGAGUGCUGAGUCCCUGAGUCACCACACUGCAUUCUGGGAAAGUCUGGAACCCUCUCCAUGGGCUGUACCACCUGCUGACAAACCAGGGGGGUCUGGAGGAACUGUGUUGAAUGAGGAUUGUGCUGGGUGUCGGCAGGCUUGCUUUUGCAGGGAAAUGAUUCCGCAUGAAGUGCGGCGCACUCGGCCCCCCGUCGUUCUCGGCGGCAGCAGCAGGUGUGACGUCGUGACUCUCUCCCCUACCACACUGAGCUCACCCUUCAGCCGCUAAAGACCCCUGGACCAAACAGACCGCCCUACCCCUCCCCACUAACUCCCCUCCCCCUUGCCUCCAUAUCUUCAUCUCCAUCUUUAAACCUCCCUCACCUGCUUGUUAGGGCCUGGAUUUUCUUUGAUAUCUUAAAAGACCGUUUUCAAAGACCUCUGCUGAACUGGACAGAGAGCGAGAGAGAGGAAGUAUUGGAAAAGUUAAUUUAUAGCUAAUUAAAGUGAGAUACGAGGCAGAUCUUCAAAAGUGAGAACAAAAGAUAAGGAGGUGAAAAAAGAAAGUGUAAGAAAGGGAACAUAAAAGAGAGAAAAGGCUACAGAAGUCCAAAAGUUAAGGAAAGAUAACGAAAGUACGGUUGAGAGGACCUGAAGCAAAGUCAGCAUGAAGUCAAACCAGGAACGCAGUAAUGAAUGUUUGCCCCCAAAGAAGAGGGAGAUCCCCUCGAGCACGUUAGCAUCUGAUAACCGCUCACCCACAAUACCACCCGCCAGCGACAGCCAGCGCUCAGAGAACUUGGCAUGGCUUGCCAGUGUGGCUGGUGGGAGUGAAAGUGGCAUGGGUGGGCACAGUAGCUCCAGUCAAUCUGACGGACCCCAGUAUAAAUCCUUCUUUUCCACAUCAGACUCUUCAUCCUCCUCUCUGAGGCUAGUUUCAUCUCUUCCUACAGUGUACACAUCCCCCCUGUCACAGUCCACAGUUGGAGGAACUGUCCAUUACACCCAGCUGCCUCCCAACCUGCAAUUCAUAGCCUCACCCUACCCUACACCAUACACAGGCUACAUCUCCCCUCAACUGCUGCCACCCCCUCCUCCACCCCCACCCCUUUCUUCCUCAUCCUCCUCCUCCUCUUUGGCUGCACAGAGAUCCUUGCACAUGGAGUCAGUCUCGGCUUCAUCGCAUGCCUCCAAACACGACCAGCAGAGAAUAUCCACAGGACGUACCUCCAUGCCUCCACCUCCCACAGAUCUCACCCCCCACCAUGUUCAAAUGUCAACCUCCCCACGGACUGUGCCGUCGCCUCAUCACCAAGGAGGCAUUCACCUUCCUCCCCAGUCCCUGCAUGCCCACCAUUCUUUAGGACAUGGUUUGUCCCAGGUUGUAGUGCAGUACAUGGAUGGACACACCAGGAAAGAGGAUGGUGGCUCCAGAACCAGAGAGCUGCAUAAUGGAGAGCUGGAAAGGGGUCGUCGGUUUGGAGCAUCCCCUGAGUCCAGCCUCUCCAAACCCGGGAGCAAAUCGCGGGAUUCCACUUCUUCUUUGACCUCCUACGAGGCCCGCCACCUGGUUCUACCAUCAGACUACUCUACUCAUGAUCCCUCAGGGCUGAGAACAUCUGUCAUGCUAAUGCCCAACAGCCAUAUAGACCAUCAGAUGGUACCACCAAGACACAGUCAUGACAAACUGACAACCCAUGCCUCCACACAUGUGGAGAAAGGUGGCAUCCUCCUGGGCAAACCUGUCAGUCGAACACCAACCUCGUCCAACUCCUCCUCCUCUUUUACGUUUCCACCACCAUUGAGUGUCAACAGCUUGAAAGCUGCUGUCAGCUCUCUAUCCCCCCAGACCGUUAUCCAGACCACCCAUAAUGCAACAGAGUCUCUAUCAAUGGGGCUCCCUGCCACUAGUAUCUACCAACAGCCACCCAUCAUUGGUUACAUUGCAGGCAGUGGGGGCCAGCAUGCGCCAAUCAGCUACCACACUGGCCUACAACAACACUUACUCAUUCCUGGCUCCCAGCCGGUCAUUAUCCCUGUUAGUGGAGGCGGAGUCACCACAUUGGAAUCUGUAACCUCCCAUGUAACAUCGUCCACCCAAGCUGCACCAUUUCCCACCACACUCCCACACACGUACAUCGCCCCCCCUGGCCCCAAAGGAGAAACUCUAGAAACCCACAGCGGCUCGUAUCACCAGGCCACUUCAGGUGCAGUUGUCCAAGCCCAGUUUCAUCUCCCCAUUGUUCCUGCUCAACCAGGGCUGGCCGCUUCCUCUGCUCCUCCUCAAACAUCGAGUACAGUGGUUCCACCCUCUAUGCCCCCAUAUUUCAUCAAGGGUUCUAUCAUCCAGCUGGCUGAUGGGGAACUGAAACGUGUGGAGGAUCUGAAGACUGAGGACUUUAUCCAGAGUGCCGAGAUCAGCAGUGAGCUGAAGAUUGACUCGUCCACAGUGGAGCGCAUUGAAGGGAGCCACACCUCACCCAACUUUGCUGUGGUUCAGUUUUCUGUUGGUGAGCACCGUGCACAGGUGAGUGUGGAGGUCUUGGUGGAGUACCCCUUCUUUGUCUUCGGCCAAGGCUGGUCUUCAUGCUGCCCCGACCGUACCACCCAGCUUCUGGAGCUGCCCUGCACCAAGCUCUCAGUGGGCGAUGUUUGUAUCUCUCUCACCCUCAAAAACCUGAGGAACGGAUCUCUAAAGAAGACUCAGCCCCUGGAGCUGGGCCCCCCUGCCUCCGUCCCAGCCCUUAGCCACAAACCCCACAGAGCCGGCUCAGACGCUCCCCAAGGCUGCAGUGGAGGAGGCUCCAGGCACAGCGAGCGAGAGAACGGCAUCAGCCAGCGGGGGAAAGGUGUAAGUGGGAACGGGAGAGGAGGAGGCACAAAUGUGGAAAAUGGGGAUCUCGGCACAGAGGCCGGCUCCAGUAAGCCAUCGGGCAGCAGGAAGCGGAGAUGGUCGGCCCCUGAGGGUCGAAAAGUAGAAAAAUCAGAGGAGGAGCCACCUUUGACCCUGCCCAAACCUUCCUUCAUCCCUCAUGAGGUGAAAGUCAGCAUUGAGGGAAGGUCGAAUAUUGGCAAGUGAAGGCCAGCAGGACUUAAAAAUCCAUUGGAACAUGGAAACAAAAUGUAAGAGGACUCUACAAAAACAUGAAUGCCCACAUUAAUGUCUCAUUUGUCUUGGUUUUAAAGUUUUCCUUUUUUUAUUUUUCUAUCUUGAAUACUGUACUGUAGAGGUAAAUCUACCCUACAUGGUGUACCCUUACAUGAAGUCCAUGUAGUCUAUAACACAUUUUUUAUAGGUCGAUUUGAUAUCACACAAGCAAUCAGUGCCGUUUUGGAGGUUUUCAUGAGAUGAAAGAUUUGUAAGGGGUGCUUAAUGUUAAGUGUUGGCUGUGUGGCACCCACAAGCAAUGCUUGAUGGCUCUUCCUGGCUGGCUACACAUAAUGUAAGAUGCUAAUUCAAUUAGCACACAGUUAGCUUUUACUCCCUGUGCACUUCUAGUGAUCCUGUCUGGAUGGAAAUAUUUCCCCACCACAAGAAGUGAUGUGAUAUCAGCUGAGCCUGAGCGUGUAGGAUUUGCGGCUAAAUCAUAACAUUUUUGAUUUUCUAAACCAGACUGGAGGUUGGAAAAACAUCAUUCUCCUUGUCUUGAGAAUAAUCAAACCUAUUGUGUUGUCGCAGUGUCAUCAGGGUGUGCCAGAACUCGCCAGUGAUGUCAUCAGGUGGUGCCAGUGUGCCCCACAAAAAAGGAGGGAACAACAUUCACUCUGAUCAGUUUGACACAGCCGAGUCUUUACUUCUCUUUUGCUUUUUAUUUUUUAACCCUUCAUCUUCUAUCUCGCAGAUAGUUGUUUUCAAUGAUUGUCAAAAAAAACUUUAAUCAGGGGUCAUUUAGUCCAUGAAUGAACCUAUAUGUGGGUCAAUGUUAAUGUAUACAAUGUGAGAUACCCUAACCUAACACAUACAAGUGCAAACACACUGGGUUGGCAAGCUUCACUUCAAGAGGAAGACCUCAUACAAUCCUUGUUGUUUUUGGAUGAAUUGCUUUAUAUUUUUUUAUUGAGAUUAGAAAAGGCUGCGUGAGAGGAACCGAGAAGAUUCUGCGUUUCAGUUCUGUGAGGGUCAAAAUGUUUCAAAGCACUAAAAAAAAAAAAAUACCUGUCACACUCACCAUACAGCCGAGAAUUUUUUGUCUCUUAAUUCACGCAGUACUGUAUGUUUUUAGAUUUUUUUUUGUACUUAGCAAGUAGGUGGAAAGUAGCAACAGCACUUUGGAGAGGUGAAGAUGUUGACAAAGUUGCAGGAGUGGAUGUGCCAUGGGAUCACAAAGAAAGGGAUGAUUUUGGCAGGUAUAAGUAGACGGUUAGAGGACAAAAAAAUUGUGAUAAAAGGAAUUAAAAACAUGGCUGUUUUUAAAGCAUGUGCUUUUGUACAGCUGGCAAGCCAAGCAAAAGUCGUGGGAAAAGUGUUGAAAUGUGUUUUGAAAGUUUGGUUUCAAACGAGGAAAAAGGCUUGGAAUAAAUCCCGAUGAUGUUGGAACUAGACUGAGAACAUUAGUUUAGAAGCUCGCGCCACAGAGUUUUGAAGGGUGUCAUAUAUUUGUAACAUAUGUGUGCUAGAGUGCGUGAUUCAGGCUUGUGUCUGUCCAGUCAUACACACACACACACAUGCGCGUGUACACAAACACAAAGAAGUACAUCACACAUCAUAGGUUUUAUCGUUUCAGGGAUGGUCUGUUAUUGUCGACGCUUGUUGACUGACAUUGGAUUAAUGCACACUGCGAACAGUGCAUUGUGUUUGUGUAUGUGUGUGUGUGUGUAUGAGGGUUUGUAUACUGUGUAUAAGAAAAGGAAAUACUCAUAUGAUAUGUAGACAGUGCUAAAUGUCCAGUGUUUCCACUUGGAGUGGUACUUAAGAGAAUCUUGCAAUUUGCACAUCAGGAGGAGGGAGAAAAAGGCGGAGACGUCAUUUUUUUAAAUGAGCCCUAGACCACGAAACACACUGGAGGUGAGCAGGGUUAUUAUGUUCCUCGACGGGCACUCGUCACAUUGUAGAGGAGAUGUUUCUAUGGCGACACAGUUAAGGUCAAAUUACUUUUGAGUUUUUUUUAACACAACCAUAGAUGAAACUAGGAUUUUAACAUGUGCCUGCCUACUGACUUUCUUGACCUAAGUUAGGGUUAUACCAAUUAUCAUUCAUCACUUUUCCUGCUGUUGGAACCAGGGUGGCAGGGUCUAGGAUUCAGUUUUGAACACAGCCUGUGCUCUCAGCAAGCUUAUCCAUGUUUUUCUUUUCCAAAGAUGAAGCAGUUACCUCAACAGAUAUGCUUGACUUGAGACCCUGACAUUUGUAGCUUUGUAUGCUAAACUUUAAAGAUCUUCACAGAUUGUUUUGCAUGUGAACACCAGAUUUUUUGUUGUUUUUUCAAAGUUCAAUGUGAAGUGUGCACAAACUAAUGACCCUUUGAUUAUACUUCUCAAAAAAUCUGAACUUUUUCUCUAACAUUAUUCGGGAGGUUUUGUUCUCAAAUUGGUGGGAAAAAUGGCAUCUUCCAAGCAUAUCUGUUGAGUUUUCUACUCAGCCUGUGGAUAGCAGGGUUUAAGUUUGUAGUUGGCGAUGUCGUCAAUUGCCACUAAGAAGUGGAUGGGUUGUAUUUUCCUCCCCCUGAUAAUAUUAGCUGUGUGGCUGUAGUUUACCAGGGUGAUGGCAGGAUGGACAUGUGCUCAGAUGGAUGAGGAAUGGAUGGAUAGGUGGUUAAGUAAUGGGCAGAUUCACAGUGACAGUGAGGUAAUGAGGAAACCCCAAAUGAGAUUUGAAACUGCUUUGUAUUUUGUAUAAUAAAACAGGGUUUUUUCAGAUCAACUUCAUCACAGGAGUUAAUUUUCUUUUUUUUCUUUUCAUCUUGGAACAACAUGAUCAUGAGUUGUACAAAUAGCAGAAUGUAUGUGCACGUUUUGUAAAGUUAUGUUUGUGUGGCUGUGUGUUUUGUAAAUGAAUGUUUUGUACAUGUUAAAUUUUUGUCCAAGCCCCUUUCCAACAUUUUUUUUUAAAGCAGAACAAAAUCAUCAGCCACUCAAAAAACAAAAAGUUUAGCCAAAGCUGAGUGAUAUUUUUCACUAUGGUUACUUUAGAAAGCAAUAGUAGGAAAAUAUUCUGGCACUCAUGUUGUGUAUUAGUGGAUUACACACACACAGACACGCACUCUCAAACACACAGUCAUUCCACUUAAAUUUGCAAUAAACAUUAAGUAAUCAUCAUUUAGAGUUAUGAUAGAAACAGCUCUUCUUUUCCACAAACCUAAAAACAAAGACUCGCCAUCUCACCAGAAAAUGUUUUUAUUCGCUAAUCUAAUUAGCCUCAGCUAACACUUUUCCCCUUAUCACAAAAAAGAUCGCAGUUGCAGCACAUGUUGCUAGUUUUCAGGGAAGCUUCUUCUAUAUGCAGUAAAUGAAAUAACCCCAUAAAACCUCCACGGUCCCAGCUGGUCAGAGGAAUAACAAACUCUGUCCUCACACACAGCUGAAGUAACCAGCAGACGUUUUUGACUCCGCCCAGGUCUGCCUCUUUGCCACGACUCCUGUAGUGACCUCGUUAACGAUGUUUCAGGUACCCAAUCAUAGCCAGCCAGCCUCUCAAGCACCUCCUCCUGAGGCAAAGCAAUCGAUUAACCCUCAACAACCGUUAGCUACCUUUCAGUGCGGCCUGGUCUGGACCGCCUGUUCCCUCCUAAAGUCACAAAACUUUUUUUAUAUUCGAUCUCGUUUUCACUGCUAGCUCAUACAGGUGUUCUGCAUGCUUUAAUCCGAGACUUUGAUACGAAGCAAUCUGAAAUGUCAACACAUUGUGAAUGCAGUUGAGGGAAUGGCACAGCAGAACUAGGUUUUAAUAUUUUUCGAGGGUUUUGGGCUAGGUUUUAUUUUCUUAAGAUUAUCCCAAGUUUUUAUUCCCUUUGAGAUGUAUCACAAUGUGCAAUACUUACAUUUUGUUUUCCCCUCUAUCGCUGUGCCAAGUGUAUGUAGCAUAGUCCUACUCCUCCAGUAUCCCCUCCCAGUCAAAGGCUUGUGUAUUUGUCUGUCUGUUAAAAUGUGUAUCACAUCUUUAAAACAAGAGUCAGGACGUUUGUGAAGAGAAACAGAACCAACAGAGAGUUUGUUUGCACCCUUUUUUUCCCCUUAUGUCUGUGCGGCCUUUCUCAAUUUGAGAGACUGUGUCAUGUAUCCUCGGUGUGUGUGGUUGUGGUUGUGUGUCUGCGCUGUAUGUGUAGAGUGUGUUCAAAUGUGUAUGAGCGUCUGAGGGUUUGAGUUUGUGAUGUGUGUGUGUGUGUGUCUGUGUGUGUGUGUCUGUGUGUACUGGAGUGUUUCCUCCUCUAACUGUCUGUGAGAUCAUGAACCCUGACCCUCUUACGGUUCACGGUGAGACCCACAGAAAAAAAAAGAAACCUCAUUGCUAGUGGGGACCACUUUUUGUAAAAAAAAGAAAAAGAAAAUAAAACAAAAAAAAAAAAAAACCAACCAACAGAGAUGCACAUGUAAGUAGAUGUAAAAGACUUGAUAAUGUUUCAGCACUUUCUAAUCCUAGGACGGGCUCGGUCUAACCCCUCUGUCUCAGAUCGAAACCCUACCUGGGGGUAACAGUCAUUCAAAACAGACAGAGAGAAUGAGAAUGAAAAAAGGGGGUGCAUAGGGAUGAAAAAGAGAGAUGGUUUAAGUUAAAGUUUUUGCACAUCACCUCGCCGUAACCUUGUGUUUUUCUGUCUGUGCUCCAUCUCGCUUGGCGCCCGGCGCGUUCUUGGGUCCAACGAGCCGAGGUGUUGGGUGGUUCCUUGGUUCUUUUCUUCUAGGAAAACCUUUUCUCAUGGAAUGCAUCCCUUCUUUUGUUGUGUUUGGGUUUGUUUGGAACCUUUUCCACCCUACACCAACCUGACUGUGCGGUUAAAUAUUAGGUUUUGUUUUGUUCACAUUUGAAGUUGUAAUUUGGCAGAUGUGUCUGUAAAGAGUUCAGCACAGCUCGAUUUGGUCAUGCGGUGUGAAAACGGUGCAUAACAAACUUUAGCUUUUUUUGCAUUAUCUUUGGUGCAGGAGCUUUUUGUGUUUUUGGUCUCCUUGUAGCACUCAAUAUAAUGUCAGGGGACUUGAAACCUAUGUAGAGAAUGUGUCAUUGUUGUGUUUUUAUGACAAGCUUCCUCACCCGAGGAACACUGCUAAUGUUGUCUUUUUUUUUUUUUUAAUUGGCUUCUUGCACAGUUUUACAAAUAAAAUGAAUGUUGGUGUGUGAGCUUUGACUUUUGGAUCAGAAAAAAAGGCAUGUGUGCUCUUUGUUUCAUGAUGUUUGUACUUUCAUUUUCGCAAAAAAGGAUGUGUUUUUGGCACUUUGUCGUAUUUUAAAAGUGAACUGAAUUCGAUCAGGAUUCCUAUUUCUUUUUUUUUUUUCAUUUCUUUUUUUUUUUCAUUUCUUUUUUUUUUUUUUUCAUUUUUUUAUUGUAUGAUGUCGUCAAUGUCCAUAGCGCUGGAUAACCAACUCAGGCAGAAAGAAAAAAACUUGUAGAAGCCCAUGUAACAGUAUAGUUUCACCCCAAUCAAUUGACAUAGUGGGCUGUUUCAUAUGGGUUAUAAGAUAUGUAAAUUUAUUACAUAUUAUUUGAUAUAAUUAACAAAUGACUAUUAACUAUGAAUUAUUAUUAUGAUACUAUGUGUAUUUGCUGGAGACGGCCUGGAUUACUCUUCAGUGUACUUUGUUCUGCCUCUCUGUGCAAAGCGACAAACACUCAGCAGGGGACAGGCUUGUAUGUGUUGUGACCUCUGACCCCUGCCCACUGCCAUGGAUGGGGUGGAGGUUAUCUGUCAGCGGUGGCUUAUUUGACCCCUCCCACCCAGCCUCCUGUUCUGAACAGUUAGCCCUGAGGCUCUAACCAGUCUAGAUGUUUCUCUGUGACACCAAGAACUGAACUGAGACUUUUUUGGCCCUUGAGCAGAGAAGCGGACAUCAGCACAGAACUGCAUGGACAGUCUGGCCUGCAGGAGGCAGCAGCCGCAGAUCCCAGCCAACUUGUUUGUACUAUAAUGUACUCACCAAGUCCCUGUGUCUCACCACCCCUUUCCUCUAUAGCAAUGGAGAAACCCUGUUGGUGUAUGUAUUUGACAUCUGUACAAAUGCACCUCUUUGAAAAAGAAAAUGAAACCUUGACAUAUCUGGAAUAAA